GGCGGGCCCUGGCGGCGGGCGGCGCGGUUGCCGGGAGCCGUCGCCAAUGAGGAGGCCCCGAGUGGGCGGGCCCGCGCGGCGGGCGGCUCUGGGGUUCCGUGUGGAAAGGAGUGCGAGGGGGUUCGGGUGCAAAGUUUAGUUUCAAACCGUCUGCAAAGAACGGCGGUGCCGCUGCUGCUGCUGCUGCUGGUGGUUCUCCUUCGAACAGACGGAGGCGGCGGCUGAGGAGAGCGGAAGCAAAGGAGCCGGAGCGUCGACAGCCUGAAGCGGCCGAGGCGCAGUCGAAGAGCCGCCGGCCGCCGCUCCCCCACCUCCCUCGGCAACAGCGGCCGCUUCGUGGGCGCCGCCUGGGUCCUGCCGGGUCCGCUCCGUCUCGGGCGAAGAUGGGCGCGGAGGCUCCGGUCCGGCGCCGGCACGGGUGCCGCCGGGCGCGCCUGAUGUGCAUGCUGGCGCUGACCUUCCUGUUCUUCGUGGUGGAGGUGGCGGUGAGCCGCGUGACGGACUCGCUGGCCAUGCUGUCGGACUCCUUCCACAUGCUGUCGGACGUGAUGGCGCUGGUGGUGGCGCUGGUGGCCGUGCGCUUCGCCGAGCGCACCCGCGCCACCAAGAAGAACACCUUCGGCUGGGUGCGCGCCGAGGUGAUGGGCGCGCUGGUCAACGCCGUCUUCCUGACGGCGCUCUGCUUCACCAUCCUGCUCGAGGCCAUCGAGCGCUUCACCGAGCCCAACGAGAUCAAGCAGCCCUGGGUGGUCAUCGGCGUCGGCGCCGCGGGGCUCCUCGUCAACGUCCUGGGGCUCUGUCUCUUCCACCAGCACGGCGGCGGCGGAGGAGGUCACGGCCACUCGCACGGGGGAGGAGGAGGGGGCCACCGGCGCCGGGGCAAGGCAGAGCAGCCUCCCGGAGAGCGGCAGAAAGAGGAGGAGACCAACACCCUGGUGGACAAUUUCAGCAGCUUCAAUGGAGUCAGCCUGGAGAAGCUAGGUGAGCUGGGGGGGGGGGGGAGGGUGGGCGAGCAGGCCUCCCCUCUGCCCGGGGAUGCCUGGCUUCUCCCAGACACAGCCCCAAAUAUGAGGGGUACCCGGAAGCGGUCGGAGCCUCCAUCAGAAUCAGGUUAUUGGGCUGAACAGGUCUUUAAUAUUCCCACUAAGCUGAUGGCAUGGCAAUAUUUCUAGUCUGCACAAGAGCUUGUAAGCAGCACUUCUAAGCAGACAUUUGCAUUCCGUAGGUUCAAAGAUAAAAUGAAACUGCCCUUUCAUGAGGAGUUGCACACUUCAGAUCUUGUAGUCAUGGUGGUGGUAGUUGUCGUCGGUGCAUAAUCUGCCUCCUAUUGCAACUUGGUUCCAUUUAAAGACCUGGCAAAAGGGGAAGUGCUACUGGAAACCAAUACCAUGCAAAGGCUUUGGGUGUAGAUCAAGGAAUGUCAAGGAGCUCAUUCUGCCCAUCAGGAAUGUUGGGAAGGCAGUUAACAAAAGCUGCUGCAGCACCCAUUCGUUCUGUUUUAUGGAAGGACCCCUUUGUACAGAACAGGAACACACCUUACUUUAUAGAAUAAGUACCUUGAAUUCCCUACAUGAAAGCCACCAACAUUUCACAGUCUUUGCUGGUGGCAUUAAGCUUUCGCAGAACGCAAGGAAAGGCCUACUGCAGUGCUUUUCAAAUUUCUUACCUUUAGAGUCCCCUUCCCAAGAUGUCUGCUGAGACAACCCAGCAUGUCUACCUUUGAACCUUGCAGAGGAGUCUGAUGCAAAUUUUAAAGCACAUAUGUCAGGUCAGGUAUGCCUUCCAUCCUACGUUAAUGAAAAGUAUGACUUUAGGAACCAUAAGUUCCUGUGACCAUGCAUUGCAGGGGAAAUUCAGUAGUGGUGGACAAGCUGCUACAGAGGAAGUUACUGCUGUCAAUGUUCUUGCCACUGAGAAACCCUUGGACUUCUCAGAACAGUUUUGACAACUGAGGUCCUACAAUCAGCCUUCUUUCUUUUACAGCUUGAUGAAGGAAACUUUAUAUCCUAUAGCACAAUUUGGGCUCAUGGGGAAAUCUGCAGAACCCACUAUGUAAGGGUUAACACAUUGCAUUAAAGUAGACAGAGUGGCAAAGCUCACAGGAAGCUGCAGCUUCUGUUAACUGCCUUACCAACAUUCCUGAUGAGCAGAAUGAACUCUACUGACAUUCCUGAUCUACACCCAUAGCCUUUGCAUGGUAUUGGUUCCAGUAACUAGAAGCACUUCCUCUUUUGCCAGGUCUUUAAAUGGAGCCAAGUUGCAGUAGGAAGCAUAUUAUCCAUAGAUGACAAUGAUCAUGACUAUAGAUGUGGAAUGUAAAAUUCCUUAGGAAAAAGCAGUUUUGUUUUAUUUCUGAUCCUACAGAAUACAGUGUCCGUUUAUAAGUGUUGCUUACAGCUCUUCUACAGACUUGAAAUAUUGCAAAACCAUCAGUGUAGUCAGAAUAUUAAAGACCUAUUCAGCCCGAUAUAAUUUCCUGGGAUAGUACCAAAAUAAAAGUGGAGUGGUGCAAAUGUUUACAUUGUUGCUCAUUGCUAUGUCAGCUGAACUACUUCGCUCUGCUUUGGUAUUCUUGCUUAACUUUGUUUUCAUUAAAGUUUUUAUCAUUAGUAAUUUGGUUUUUGUAAAAAAAUGAAAAUAAAGGCCCUAUGUAGUUGGACUGUCAUCUCUUAAUUUCAGGCCACUGGAACUCAUAAUUGAUCCUAGCAACACCUCAGAUGAAAGAAUUUAUCUACUGUAGAAAUAAAUGAGAAUAUAUGGCAAUGCACUACAUUUAAUAUAAUUUUAGUUUAUGCCAGUAAAUUAUUUUACGUCUGUAUUUCAUGUUUUAAUAGGGAGUCAGUGCUAGGAUAAUAGUCGGGCGGCAUAUUAUGACAUAUCUGGCCAAGUAGUUGUAUGGCAAAGUUCCCUUUCAUAGAGAAGUGGACCGACUUCUCUCUUUCUGUCUCUAGAGGGUGCAUGUCUUAUUUCUACAACCCACCAGUCAUCCUAAGUAUUGACACCUAGGUAGCACACUGUUGUUCCUCUAGGACUGUAUGUGGCCCAGAGUUUUCCACUGAAGCUAGUCCAUACAGUUGAAGGAUGAUUAGCUGUCAACAGACUACACAGCUAUAUUUUCUUUACUGAACUGCAGGUGAAUGGAAUUAAAUAUAUUUUAAAAGUUAUUCCAAGCAUGGCAAACCUUGUAUGUCCUGCCCCAUGUAUAGUAAGGAUUUUAAGUUGAACGUAAGCUUUGCAAAAUACUAGAGGGGCAUAAACUUAGUCUGGCAAUAGUUGGAGGUGAUAAAUGUUAGGCCUGGCAGGACAAGACUAGCACAAUUAGGCAAUAUGCUGGCUUAUUCACUGAGCUUUAUUUCUUGGUGCAAAACAGGAAGGAGGGAUUUCUUGAGUAGUUCCUAUAGCUGCAGGUCAUGAAGCCUAAUAGUGUUGUAUCAGUGUGCUUAGUUCAUAUCUUAAGCAUAUACCUGUUAGCAGGCAUUGACUUUCUGCUACUUUUAAAAGCUGUCUUUUUUUAGUAUGCAUGAACAUAACUCUUGAACUCACUUGAGGAUGCUACUUCUGGGACUUGUAAAGUACAUUAUAUAGGUGGAGUUUACCUGGUGAAACAAGUGUGGGAGUUGUGAUGGUUUCCAGUUCUACCGGUUAUAUUGGUGAAAUCACCAGGCAAAAUUUUGCUCACAGUCGGUAUCCAUGCGUGAAUAUCUCAAAAACUUCUUGCAGUUCACAAAAAGAAAAAUCUCAUUUGAUGUAAUGGCUGGUUUGUUUUGGCAAACCCAUUUGUAUGACAUUCUAGUGUGAGAACAAUUGCUUGUGUCAAAAAGCUGCAGAGAGGUUUCUCAAAACUAUUGGUAUCUGGGACAGUCUCUUUUAUCUGAAUCAGAAUUGAGGGCACACUUGUGAAGGAAGAUGGGUGCAUGUUUGUUUCAAUAAAAUUCAAAGUUGAAAUAAAUUCCAGUUCAAAAUAAUACUUGCAUAACAAAGGCUGCAGUAAUGGCAUUUGACUUCAUAUGGUCUUGACAGAUGCCACUCUUUUUGGAUAGACAUCACCUGCCAUUGCAGUGACAUGGCUUCUCUGCCAUGUCAUUGUGGACAUGUAGGCAUGUAUAAGCUGCUUCAUAUCUGUGACAUGAUUUUUCAUGGUAGUGACAUAUUUCAACUGAUGGUACCUGUUGUGCAGACUGGAGCUUUAUUUUUUGGAAAAUAUGAAAUGUCUCACUUCUCUCCCCAUUCCUUGCUGCACACAGACUGCAUGCUCCUUUAAUCUUCCCUCCCUUUCCACCCAAUCUUACUGAAUCAUUACCAAAUUUAAUAAAACAAUGCAUGAGAGCUAGUGUAGUGUUGUGAUUCUGAACUUAGAAGCCUCCAUUCAGUUCUUAGCUCCGCCACCAUCAAGCCACCCUCUCUCAGCUGGCUCCCUUGUAAUACAGAUAUAAUAGUGACCUACUUUAGUGUUAUAAUAAGGAAUACUGAGAAUACAUGGAAUCCUUUGAAUGCUCUGAAUCAGUAUUUCUAGAUUGCAAGUCAGAACCCAUAGCUGGGGCAAAUGCCCAAUCAAGACUAGCAAAAAUACCACCAUUUUGUUGUUUUUAUCCUCUUGGGUUAGGAUAUUAACCCCCCCCCCCCCAAUGAGAAGAGCAGAAAGGUGGUUAUAGUAUUAAAAUAUUAAUAUUGGGAUUCCUUAUUACAGGUUGCUGUUAAAAGUGGGUCUGUGAUCUGAAAAGAAGACUUCUCUCUAUAGUGUUUGAAAAACUAGUGGUUCCAAAACUCUACAAAGAGACCUGCCUUCUAUAACUCCUCUCCUCCAAAUUUUAUAUUGUCCCCAAUAUUGCUAGCAGUCUGUUAACCAACCCCCCAAAAGGCUUCCUAUCCAUGUAACAAUGUUGCUCUUGUGUUUGCAGGUGAUGGGGCAAAAGAGAACCAAAUGGAACUUCAGCCAAAUGGGAAUAUUGAUAAUGACACCUCUCUGGACAUAGAACCUGACGAAGACACUAGUGGUCAACUCAAUAUGCGUGGAGUAUUUCUUCAUGUUCUUGGAGAUGCCCUGGGCUCCGUUAUUGUUGUGGUGAAUGCUUUAGUAUUUUACGCUUACUGGACUCCUUGCCCCAAGGAUGGGCCUUGUAUUAACCCAUGUAUCAAUGACGAUUGUGCAGAAAACAUUACUCAGUUGUCUUCUAGAAUGAAUGCAACUGAGUUAUGGAAAAUUCCUGUAGCUGGUCCCUGCUGGGUUCUAUAUUUAGAUCCUGCAUUGUGUCUCAUAAUGGUUUGCAUUCUGCUCUAUACAACUUACCCACUUCUUAAAGAAUCUGCCCUUAUCCUAUUGCAAACUGUUCCGAAACAAAUUGAUAUUCGUUCUUUAAAUGCGAAACUCCGCAAACUGGAAGAAGUUGAAGCUGUCCAUGAAUUGCAUGUUUGGCAGCUGGCAGGAAGCAGGAUCAUUGGCACUGCUCACAUUAAAUUUAAGGACCCAGAAACAUACCUGAAAGUUGCGAAGGAUAUUAAAGAGAUAUUUCAUGAUGAAGGGAUACACGCAACAACCAUACAGCCUGAGUUUACUAUUGGGGAGGCUGUAACCAAAUGUGAACUUCCCUGCAGAACCCAGUGUGCUCUGAAGCAGUGUUGUGGAACUACGGAAAAGACUAGUGCAAAGAAGACCGAUAAGUCCCCUUCCGUUUCUAUUUCUUUCUCUGAAAUAGCCAUUGACUCUUCACAACACAAAACCAGGAGGACUAAAUCAGAGUGUAUACCUGCUGUAAAGCUUGGGGAAGAUCCUAACAAACAAUUUGAAUCGUCUUUGUAAUUCCCAAAGUUGUGCUGAAUGAAGUCUGCAUUCAACCACAGGUUGAUUUUGAGAAGAAAGACUAGCAUUAAAGAGACAAGUUGCAAAGUAUUGUAAUUGUUGAAAUCCCUGUUCUGGUCAUAAUACUUAAAUCUAGGCUGCCUGUUUGAAAGGAUAUAAUUGUGCCGUCCCAACACAAUAUGUGCUUGUGUUAACUUUUAGUUGAACUGCACCGAAAAGUUUACAGAUGCUUCAACAACUCUGGAGAACCAGUAUCAACAUUUCUGCCAAGAUGCUUUUUUUUUUUUUUUGGAUUAAAAAUUAAAAUUGAGUUCUUCAGCAACCCAUUUCUCCAUUUGGAAAUCAGUAUGUGUUAGAGAAAUCCAGGAAGAAGCCUUUCUACUUAUUGUGUGUGUGAAUGUGAAUGUUUUACAAACCAUAAAGAAAGGAAGCCAAAGUUGGCAGAAUUAUUUUUUUAAGGUAGACUAUUUGAGGAUUUUUUUCCCUUAUACAUGAAAAAGUGAACCCUAUUUCAUGUAGGUUAUACUCCAUAGUAUUAGUAGUAGCAUCUUAAAACAUAUCUAGUACUGGUUUAUUAAAAAAACAAACCCUGUUUUUGUGUUGUACUGGGGGCCUAAUGAAAAAUGGCUGCUUUGAAAAUAGGAUUUGUAAAAGAUACGCAUAUCCACAUGACUGUAAGGAUAACUUUUAAGACAGAAAUUGACCAGUCCUUUUAAAGGCAUCUCAGUUUGUGCAUUCCUCAAUUGUAUAGGUUUAAGAAUUUUUUAAGAACACCUUACUUUCAAGUAAAUUUAUGCCAGAACUAGAAACAGCUGAUAUUUGUCAUUGCGGUGUCAUCUAUGGCUUGCCGAAAUGGAAGGGUAAAUAUUGUCUGGAUUACAUCUAGUUUUGAGUUAAAAGAAUGUUUUUUACUUUUUUAAAAAAACAUGGAAUUUAGCAGUGUAUAAACAUUAAUAUAUUCUCAUUUGAUGUAUUUCAUGAUGAGCCGUGAUGAGCCAUUUUACCCAAUGUGCAGCUGAAAUGCAUUCUUUUUAACACAAUACAGGCAGCUGCUUCACGAAGCAACUGUUACAACUUACUAAGCUGCUUCAAAUCAACCUCCUCAACCUGGUGCCUUCCAGAUGCUUUGAACUGCAACUCCCCUCUGCUCCAAUCAACAUGGCAGUGGCCAGGGGUGAUGAGUUUUAGUCCAAAACCACCAGGAGGGCAUCAGGUUAGAGAAGGAUAUAGCACACCUUGGCUUAUUGUGACAUGAGUGAGCUUUGAGAUUCAUCUGUGAAGAGACCAGAAGCUUUCACAUCCACUUUUGAUCAAUUGCAGCUGUUCAGUUCAUCCAAACUCAAUAAUAAUUAUUAAAUAAGAUGUGGUUGAAACAAAUCAACUUCAAACUAUGGGUUAUGAAGCAGGCUUUUUUCAACAAAUCAUAGUUUAUCCACAGUUUAGGUUUUGGAUAUAAUGGUGAAUUGUGCUCAAUUGAAGCUAAUAAAACAAAACCAGAAGUGAAAGCUUUUGACCUCCUUGUAGCCACACAGAGGAGCAGCAGGAGCUUGAGACUAUUUGGGCCUUCUUCCUAUCAAUAAACCAUGGCUUAUUGUGACAUCUGAACUCCUCCACCAGUCAAUUCUCAUAACCUGGAACACAUUUUGUGUAGUGAAGGCAUGUGUUGGAGCAAAUUCUAGCCUACUUCAAACUUUUCUGCUCUUUGGUUUUGAGGAGCAGUUAGUGCUACCUGUUCAGAAAUGGAAUUGCUGCACAAAUUUGUGGAUUCCAGUCAAGCCACUUGGCUAAUCCUCUUAAAAUCAGCCACCUUAGUUCUAUUGAAGUUGCAGAGGCUAAUCUUAUGUUGAAUGCAAGGAUGCUAGCCAAUAGGUUUCUGGAUCUCAACUAGCCUUUACCCGUUCUUGAUCAAUUAAAAAUAGAGCUAAUUCUUAAAUCAGAGGUGGCAUUAAUGCUGACUAUUUCUAAAGCAUUUUUAAGAGCCCUUAUUGGAAGUCUUUAUGGGAUUGCAAGAUUUCCUUAUAUAUUUUAGUUAUUCCAACAGUUGAUUUAUGUACAAUUGCUGUAGAACCAGGAAAGAGGACUGUUGAGGUCUUCCUUAUGCAUUGCUACUUUACCUUUUUGGUGGUGGGGGGAUGUAAUUUGCAUUGUUUAAAUGCAGGCUCUUUUAUUAUAUGGCUAUUUAGGUUUGUUCCCCAACUUCAAAAUGGAAAGUCACUAAUUUGACAUGGAAUUGCAAACAAAGCAAGUGAUCAGUGGCUUCCACUCUGCACCUCCUGCUCAGCAGUGUUGCAGUCAAACCUCAUUUUUCCAGAACAAAAUUAUUCUGUUAACAAGCUGUAAAGUGUUGGAAAGGUGUAUUUGUGAAAUGAUCAAAUACAUCUACCUUUGCCUUCUGGGCUCUUUGUUAUAAAGGCCACUUGUUUGUUAAUACUCCCAGUUUGUCCCCCACAUAUUAUUGCACGCAUGUAAAAACUGCUGUACAAUUCUCAUGGAGCUGUAGUUUAAUAAGAUUUUUUCAGCUGCUUUUCUUUCACAUUGACAUGGCUAGAUUGGUAUAGCUGGGAACAGGCAGGCAUAUAUUGAUGGACAGGCAGAAAAGUUACAAUAAUACUGUAAAUUCUGGAUCUUGAAGCCAAGGUUUCCUAUCUUUUUAGUGCUAGAAGUAUGAGCUUGCUCACUCACCCUCCCUCCCUCCCUCUUUUUAAAAUGUGUGUGGCCUAUAUCCCACAUAGUAAACAUUCUAGUUCAACAGAGUCUCACUUUUAACCUCAUCUGUCCCCUGAUGGGCCAAUUUUUUAUUUUUUUUUAAAUUUCUGGGUUAGUAUACUUUGCAAUAUGGUAAUAGCUUUUUUCAAAAACUGCUGCGUCUCUCUAAAGCACGAACUUUGACUCUCAUAUUGAGUUUGCACUGCAGUGGUAAGGGAGAAAAGCAGCUAAUUGUGUACCAGGUGUGGUCCUGAUUAUUAUUAUUAUUACUAUUAUUAUUAUUAUGCAAUAGCUUGGCUUUUACAACAGAAUAUGUUGUGUUCAUCUCUGCUUUGGCAGGUAAGGUUUCCAGUAUGUCCGCUGUCUUAGGUACGUUUGGAAAAAAUGGAACAGCUGGAGUACCUCCAAACUACAGGAGGCACUUUUUGUACUUGAUUGUAUAUGAAAAUAUUGAAGCCAGUUUUGCAAAUUCUUGUAUAAGGUAGUAUUUUUCUCCUGAAUGCUAGUGGUGUUGAAGGCUGUUCCAUGUAGAUAAAAGUAAUUAACACACUGUGCUCAGGACGUGCAUUUGUGGUGAAGUGGCUAUGCCAGUUUAUUCUGCUGAAGUUUUGCAGCAAAAACUAACCAUAGCUUUCUGGGAUAUUGCAAUGAACAGAGUGCUAAGCCACCUCACAUUACAAGUUUCAUUGUGAAAACACACUGUUGUAUUCACUGACUGUUAAUAUAUGAAGCUGCUCAAAGAGAUUUGAAAUGAUUGAACACUUAGGGUCUGUUUGCUGCAUCACGAAAUAUUUGUAGAACCAGCCUCUAAUACAAAGGGUGGUAUUCAGCCUUUUACUCAAGAGCAGCCCUGUGGAAAUUAAAGGACAUAGCUUAGUAAUGCCCACUAAUUUCAGUGGGACUAUUCUGAGCAAAACGUCGUUGAAUACUACCCAAAUAAAUUACCUUUACAAAACAAAACUGAGUGUUUAACAGUGGUACCUAAAGUUCUGGAGAAUGUUUCAAAACCACUUAAAGUGCUGGAAGCAAGUAGUGCUGAAGAUGUAUUUGUUAUGGUAUAAAAUCUGCUCCCCCCCACUCUCCCAGCCUCUGAGCACCUCUAACUCUUGCCGUAUGCAAAUGAAGUUUCUGUUCAGAGACUCAUUUAAGAGCACUGAGAGCAGCUCUGGCACUGACUCCACUGAGAUAAUGGGAAACUGUUUAGACUAGAAUGCACUUUCUGACUUUUCUCAUUGAUGGGGCGGGGAACGACCUUUAACACUACAUCCUCUGCUUUUUGACUUUUUAAGUUUCUCGUGAAAGGAGUAUUAUGUAUUUAAGGGUAUUAAGUACAAUAUUUAAAUAUGCUGCUUUAAUUUCAUAACAGCAUCGAUGUAGCCUUCUGGGACUCUGGCUUAUGUUUACAAAACAAUUAUUGAAUAUUACAGUAAAUAUUCUAUUUUGGUUCUAUCUUGCACCAUUGCUUCACCUCUUGGUGGACUGAAAGGUACUAUAAUGCUUCAUGUGCCUGAAAUAAGAACAUAUGUGACAGAUUAUUAUUUUUUUUUGUAAGCCAAAUGCAGCCUUACUUAUAACAGGAGCUUUCAUACCUCUGUGAUCCUGGGUUUGUCAUUAAAAUGCCUGUGUGAAGAACACUUCCAUGUCUUACAAAUGUGUGAGCCUGAAUUUUUUCCCCUCCCCCACUUGCGCUCUCCCUGUGUUAAGUGUUCUUGGGCUUAGUCUCCAAACCCUUACGCUCAGUGGUAGCUAGAGAGGCAUCUCUUAAAUUCUAUGGGUCGUAUUCGAAACCAAUGCUUCGGAGACAUAAUUGGCAUAUCUGUAUCUCGCGACAUCAUGCCAGUGACAACGGGCUUCUGCUAAACCAGUUAUGACUCUGUGUUUCCUUGCAUAAAACCUGAAAACUGAAAAGGAAAUAAACGUUGCUGUAUAAAACACGAAA